AUGACGACAUUGUACUUCGUACUCAGGUACCUCACUGUCUAUUCUACCGGUGUCGAGUCCGCAUUGCGAAAUCAGGAAUUGACGUUGGCUAUCCCACGCCCAGCCAGCUUGGCAGGCUUGUCCCGCGAUCAAGAGUUGCUUGUUGCUAGCGGUCUUCAAACAAGUCUUCUCCAAGGAAGCACAAGCUCUUUGGCGAUGCGAUGGUAUCGCUUGGAAGCUGGGCAAUUAGCACGACGCCACGACGCUGCAAAAGCUUGCUCUGACGCAUUCUGA